CACAGACUCCGGCAGCGCGCACUCCGCCCGGCACCGCCCGCCUCCAGCGCAGCCUCCGCGCCCGGCUUCCAGGGCGCAGGCUGCCCCUGACAUGCUCUGCCCCAGUGAGGAGGAGCGGUCGUGUUAGUGCCUCGAAGGCAAACGGACACCUGGCUGGAGAGACAAGGAAAGGCUCUGCUGCCCAGCCACAGCCCCAGGGUGGAGAUUAAGUGGCAGCGGAUCCUAGAAGCCCAGCUCACAGCACUGGAUGAGAAUUCGGCUCUUGCCUAGAACGCACUGAUCAGGCUCGGCAGCAUGGACUUCGUGAUGAAGCAAGCGUUAGGGGGGGCCACCAAGGACAUGGGGAAGAUGCUGGGUGGAGAGGAGGAGAAGGAUCCUGACGCGCAGAAGAAGGAGGAGGAGCGCCAAGAAGCCCUUCGCCAGCAGGAGGAGGAGCGGAAGGCCAAGCACGCCAGGAUGGAGGCCGAGAGGGAGAAGGUCCGGCAGCAGAUCCGGGAUAAGUACGGUCUGAAGAAGAAAGAGGAGAAGGAGGCGGAGGAGAAGGCGGCGAUGGAGCAGCCGUGCGAGGGCAGCCUGACGCGCCCCAAGAAAGCCAUCCCAGCGGGCUGCGGGGACGAGGAGGAGGAGGAGGAGGAGAGCAUCCUGGACACGGUGCUCAAGUACCUGCCCGGGCCCCUCCAGGACAUCUUCAAGAAGUAACAGCCCCGCGCCACCCACCCGGGCCCGCCCCCACACACCGGGGUGCACUAGGCUGGGGGAGGAUUUUCAUUUCUUUUAUUUCAUUUGAUUUUUGUUCCAACUGUUUCGAAGGGAAGAUCCCAGAUGUGUCCCCUGUGCCCAGAACCCCUUGCUGCUCCAGUGGGGCGGAUGAGGCAACCAGACCAAAAACCACCCCCUGCCUGCUGAGCUCCGGGCAGCUAGAGUCCCAGGCUGGGCACUGCCAGGAGUCCUGGGCUCCCCCUUCCUCCCUCGCCCCUCAGCCAUUCGGAGCCAGAGUUGUGUUGUGCCAAAGUGCCGGCUGGCUGCUUGGCAAAUCCCCCCGGGCAUAGGGGGGGGCGAAUCAGGACCAAAUUCACUGCAGUAACCUUACGUCGGGCAGAGCAGACGGAAGGGAGAUGCAGGGCUCUGCCCGCUCUCCAUGCCCCCUCCCUGCCCUUCACUAACUUCAGACAUUCCUCGGGCCCAUGCUGCCUGCCUGAUUCCAGGGCUUAGGGACAUGCGGGCAACAGGAGAGCAGCCGCAGGCUGAGGGCUGUUCCCCCCACACCCUCCGGCCCCGCCUGGAAGCAGCUCAGGGAGCAAAGCGACCCCGGCCUGCUCCAGCUCUCCAGCUGGCGGGCGCGGGUGUCCUGCCAGGCCAGAUUCCAGGGGCUGGCGCAGAGGGGACAUGGUGGGCUACAGGGCUGGUUCCCAGGGGCACCGCCCCACGGCUCUGCCCCCCGCUGCCCUGCCCAUUUCUGUUGCCUUUUGUUUGAGCUUCAGGAAGGAGCUGUUGGGUCCAGCCCCUCCGCUGGUGCUGGGCAGCCACACGCUGCCCCUUGCCUGCCACAGCAAGCGCCGGGGAUGGCCCUGGAGCAGGGGCUGCGGGACACAGAGGGACGCGUGGACUCCCCAGACAACCCUGCCCCGGGGCAGCGGGGAGCUUGGUGGGGUGGCUGGAAGGAAAGACAAAGCCUUCCUCGCCACUCUGCCUCUGCCCCAAACCCCUCCGUGGGCCCAGGCGCAACCCCAGCCAUGCCUGUCCCCUGCACAGCCCAGCCAGGGGGUGGGGGCAUCCCUGGCCAAGCUCGGCUCUUGGGGGGUCAAGCCAGGCACCCUUUGCCAUAUUCAAGACCCUGCCCCUUAGGGCAAAUGGUUGGGGAGGAGAUUUAUUAAAAAAACAAGGCCAGAGCUGGGCCCAAGGAAUGGGGGCUUCCCACCUCCCCUCCCAGCCCUGCUGCCUGGGGGGGUGGGGGGAGGUCUGGGUCUGGGGACGAUCCUGGCACGUUGCCAGAGGAGUUUAAUGUGGGGCCUGAGCCCAGAGGGCAGACCCAGCACUUAGCCCUCCCGGCGCCCCCUACUGAGUGAUUCCCAUUAUGGCAGGGCCUCCGGGGGGUCCCGCUCAGCCCACUUCCCACCCUGGCACUCGCCCACAUUCCUGCUAUGCCCAUCACUGUGGUAUCUGGGCACCAAAGCUCUUCCCCAGCCACCCUCAGGCACCCGUGCCCGCUGGCAGACCCCGAGCCCUGGCUGGAGGCACCUGUCCUUAUGCAGCGCUCAGCUGGUAUCUCUGGCUCAUGUCUCCCCCCUCUGGGCUCCGAGCCUCCCCUGCAUGGCUCCAGGGAGCCCCCCCGGCAACACCCGGGAAACCUGCCCUGGCUCUUCCCUCGACUACAGCCCCAGCCCGCCCAGGGACACAGGCAGCUUCUCCAGCCCGCGCCAGGCAGAGCCAGGUGGCUGAGGGCUCCCUGCCCAGGAUCCACCCCCCCAGUGCUGGCGCCGCCUCAGGCCUUGUUGAGAAGAGGGUAGAUCAUCCCCUGAGGCGGGUUCAGAGGCCUGGGGCUUGUCUCCUCUUCCCAAAGGGGUUUCUUUGCUUGGGAGGAGGGGUCUCGAUUGCAUUCCAGGGCUCCCAUUUUCCAGGGGUUUUGUUUUUGCCUGCGGGUUGAGUUUGAGAGAAGCCACAACGUCUCCCUCCGCAUCUGUGUCCUUCUCCGAUAGUUAAAGCCAUAUCAGUUAGACUGCAAUACUUCAGCGCACUCCAGCGAGCCGCACCGCCACGCUCCGAGCCUGUGCAGAGGAGCAGACCCAGGCGGGAGCCCCCCGACCUCCAGCGUCCACGUCUCAGGCCACCCAGUGGCCCAUGUGUGUUUGUGUAACGGGGUAAACACCCCAACCCUCCCAUCCUGUCUGCUAGUCACCGCACCAGAUGGUCACCGCAUGGCCCAGGGGACCCCAGUGCCGGGCAGGGUGAUGGGGAGUGGCCAGGGGCCCAGGACUAGGAGGGGAGGGCACUGCGCAGGGCAGUGGCAUCUGCAUCCAGGGCUGACAAGAGCAGGGGGAUGGGGGACAAUUGGGCUGGGGGCCUGAGGGUGGGGGGGGGGGGAAUGUGACAUCUGUGUAAACAAAGUGAACUGGGAGAGGGUAGGGCUGCAGUGACCAUGUGGUCCCAGCCCCCUCCCCUCCAUGUCAUGCGAUGGGCCUGCCCAUCACGCUUUGUGCAUUGAGGCACCAUACAUUGCAGCAGUUGCUGUGUGUUUUCCCCACAUGCCCACAAGGCGGGAGGGUGGGGGUCACCUGCUGCGCUGCCCAGGGCUCCCCCCAGCUCAUUAGCUGACGCUCCCAUGGCUGAUGUCUGCCAACCGCAAUAAACACAAAUUCUACCAUGGGGCAAAGGGCUGAUAAGCCAGACCCGGCUCCCCCAGGGCGGCCUGCGUUUGGUUUAUACUUUUACCACUAGACCGAGAGGUCUGCACCCCUCUGCAGAGGAAGGCGAUAGGAGCCGGCAGUGCAUCUGGCUGCCCCUGGGGUCCUGCUGGCCUAAGCAGCUGCUCUUCACGGCUUGGUGAAACGGGGCCGGCCAGCAGCUCACAAUGUGUGCGCCAAAGGCCAAGGCCGUUCAACUAGGGUGGGUAAGUGAGGCCCCUACACACACCCCACCCUGCUCCCCAAAGGGGCUGCAGGCCCAGGACACAGCAGCAGGGUUUCUCCUGGUUGUGCCACAAGGAUGUGUCAAAGGAGAGAAGUGCCAAUCUUUGUGUGUGUGUGUGUGCACGUAGGUGCAAAUGUGUGUACAAAUACGGCGGUCUUGGCGCAUUACCGCAUGCAUGUGCGCCUACCCGCGUGCUGUUUGUGCCUGAGCAAGGGGGCAGUAGGCAUGCGUCUCUGUGUCGGCGUGACUGUGUGUGUGUGUGUGCGUGCGUGCGUGUG